AUGGUUGGAAAGAAAAUGGUCAUCCAUUCAAAGUAUGAAGGGCAUGGACUGAAGGCACAUUUUGGUAAGAUCAAGAAGCAUCUGGAUAAUAGCCCUAGGACUCCCUUCUCUGACAUAGCUGACGAUGAGAAGAUCUUUAAUGGAGGAGAUGGCACAUGGCAAAACCAGAGUCAGGAUCAAGCCUUGCUCUCGGAAAUCACAGAGGAGGAUCUGGAGGCCAUCCGUCAGCGGGAAGAGGCCAUUCAGCAGAUUGAGAGUGACAUGCUGGAUGUGAACCAGAUCAUUAAAGACCUGGCCUCCAUGGUACAUGAGCAAGGAGACACAAUAGGUAGGUAUCACUGCUGAAGUAUGUUUUUUUGU